UGUUCGCGUUGUGAGGAGUUUAUUCAACUUUGUCGUUGCUCACCCACCGCCUUUCGUAAACUUUACAAACUUACAAAGUUUUAUUUUCGAGACAGGAGCAUCUUCAAGUGACUGUUGGCCGAUUUCUUGUGGUUUUGAGUGACUCGGGCCGCCAUGGGCCGGUUACACUUGUGUUUUGUUUUCCUUGCGACAAUUACAGCUGUUUAUGCCAAAAAUGCAACGUUACAAAUUCAACCGUCCCAAGCCACGAUAUCUAAAAGAGUUGGGGAGAGCAUAGCAUUAACUUGUACGCCGAACGUUGAGGACACUUCUCAAGUUGGCGGUUUAGAAUGGAGGGAUCCAAAAAAUAGGAAAAUAGACUAUAACAAAGCGAAUCCUAUAUUUGUACAAAAAUGGCCAAAUCAGCCAGGGAUAAUAUUAGUCUUUCCCAGUCUCACAGAAAAUCAGAGCGGCACCUACACAUGCCAUGCAAAUUAUGGGGCAGAGGAAUUAAAUCAGCCUGUUCAAAUGGAAACAUAUAUGGGUAUAAAAUUUGUGGAUGCUCCUGAAAAUCAGUACCCGGUAAUAGGAAAAGACUUCAUAGUGAAAUGCAAAGUAACAGGUAAUCCACCACCUAUUAUCGACUGGAAUAAGGAUGGCGACUCAAUUGUCUCAAAUGAAAAAUACGUAAUUUCUGAUGGAAACCUUAUAAUAAAAAAUGUAACAGAAAGUGAUGAUGGAGUCUACAAGUGUCAAGCUGUAGUAGUGAAGAGCGGGGAAACGAAAUCGAGAAACAUUAAUGUUGAAGUCCAAAUUCCGCCAAAAAUCACUCCAAUGGAAAGUGUUACUAUCAUUGAGGGUGAAACGGCUUCCAUAAAAUGUACUGCUGAAGGAAAACCACCACCAGUCUAUCAAUGGAUUAAACUUAGAGACCGUCAAGAUUUAGCAGUAGCCGACAGAUUUGAAGUUAAGAAAAAUACUGGUGAACUGAUAAUGAACAGAAUUGAAUUUUAUGAUGAUGGAGUGUACAAAUGCAUUGCUGAAAAUACUGUGGACAGAGUGGAAGCUACAGUUAGAAUUAAUGUAUUGGUUAAACCCAGGAUAUUUGAAUUAUUGAAUGUUACUGCUCCGCAAAAAGUUGAAACAUUGAAGAUUAUGUGUAAAGUUGCUGGUAGGCCUCCACCACAGGUUCUGUUCAGAAAACUAAGCAAUACAGAACCUUUCAAAAUUGGAAACCAACCUGAUAAUCCCAGAAUAACAUUAGACCAACAAAUUUUUGAAGACAGAGGAGAAACAUUUGGAACUCUAAUAAUUUCUAAUCUAAACAGAAGUGAUGAUGGAUUAUAUGAAUGCAUUGCAGAAAACAGAGCUGGAACUGCAUAUAAAAAUGGUCAUAUUACUGUCGAAUUUCCUCCUACGUUUGAACGCACCAAGAACUUACCGCCAGCAUGGAGUUGGGACAACAAACCUGGAAAUCUAUCUUGUAUACCAGAAGCCAUACCAAAUGCUACAAUAAUUUGGAGAAAGGGUGGCAUUGAAAUUCGCAAUAAUAACAACUUCAAAAUAGAAGGAAAUGGUCCAGUAUCACAUUUAAUUGUAACUCCUUAUAAUGAAAGGCUGUUUUAUACCACAUAUGAAUGCAUUGCAACCAACAAGUAUGGCACGGCCAGCAUAGGACUUGAGUUAAGACAUGCUGAAGUACCACGAGAAAUUGCCGAAGUUAAACCAGAAACAAUAACAGCUACGACAAUUAAAUGGAGCAUAAUACCAGCUAGUCAUUUUGAGGGACUGCCUAUUAGAUCUUAUACAGUUCGCUAUAAGCCAAAUAAAGAGUUAUCCUGGACUAAUGCACGUAAUCACACUUGGAGUUAUGGUGCAACAUAUAUCUUGGAAAAUCUUACACCGGAAGAAUAUUACGAUUUCCGGUUUGCCGCUACUAAUGAUGUAGGAAUGGGUGCAUUUAAAAACGUCCCGUCAAUUUCAAUGCCCAAACGUUCAGAACCCACAGAACCUAGGAUUUUAGUCGGAAGUCAUCAUCAGAAGGAGGAUAAUUUGAGUGACAGAGAAAAUAUCGUCGCUCUUAGCACAUAUGCUGAUCACUUUGAACUAACAUGGAGUGUGCCAAAUGACAAUGGAGAUCCUAUUCUGUAUUAUCUCAUCAGAUAUUGCGUGACUGAGAAGGUUAAUGGCAAUUGGGAGGAUCGGGAUUGUAUCCCUGAACCAAUUCAACGAUCAGUACAAUAUACAAGUUACCAAUUGGAUAAUCUUCAACCAGACACAGUCUACAAAAUUGAAUUACGUGCUUACAAUGCUAUAGGUGGUAGUUCACCUGCACAAAUAAGGGUUAGGACAGCAAGAGGCAUAGAUCCUGUUGUUCCAGUCCAAAGCCCAGCAAUGAGCAGCGCUGCUAUAAUCGGUAUAGUUAUUGGCGCAAUACUGUUAGUCCUGUUGGUGCUGGACAUAACUUGUUAUUGCAUAAAUCGAAUCGGUUUGAUAGCACUGUGUUGUAAUUCCAAAUCAAAACGAACCGACGAAGAAGACCCGAAGCUUGGGAGUUACAAAGCUGCCCCUGCCCAUCCGAGCAGCCUCAACUUGCCCCAGCCUAUAAAAUUGGUUCCCACACCAACGGAGGAACAAGAGCCCCUGAAAGUAGAAGAGAAGCAGAUGUCUCUAGAGUUUGAUGGGAAACAUGUUUAUUCCAAAUCUGGCGAAAUAAUAGGAAAACACUCUGCAGUUUAGUAUUAUUUUUAUUAUUCGUUUUUGGACGUAGGUUUGUGAACCUGCUCUUUAUCAUGACAUUUUUUUUGUAACUAAAGCUGCUAAAAGGCAUUUAGAUUUUGUAAAUAUAUGUACGUUAUUAUGUAUAUUUCAUUUUUUUCACAUCCAUCUUAUCAGCCUGUGCACAUUUUAAUUUAACAUGUGUUAAAAUAUUCAUAGUUUGCAUUACAAAAUAUAAUAUAUUCAAAUCGUAGAAAAAGUUUAAUUGCAUCGUAAGAUACUUCCAGCAGCAGUGCCAAAUAAAUGUUAGUUGAUGCUAACAUAUAAAAUAGUAUUAUUAGCCUUAAAAUUUAUCGUUUAUUUAUCAAAAUUAAUAUAUUCUUUUAGCAAAUAAACUUUAGCGAUAAAUAUUUUAUUACAAAAUGUAUACAUAAUUGUUUAAAAGAUGUUUUGGUGAAAAAAUACUUACUUUAUUAUUAUUAGGAAUACCUUUAAUGUUGCUAAACAUUCCUUACACAGAAUAUCGUUACUAAAACACCUACAAUAAAUAAAAUGUUAGGUGUUAUUCAUGCAGAAAGUGGUUUCACUAAAUUUUGCUUUAAUAAUAUUUCCAAGUUAAAUUUAACAAACAUAAAAUUUUGAACUUACACUUAAACUCAACCAGUUCAUCUCUUAUAUGUUUGUUAAAUGAAGCUCUGUUAAGUGUACAGCUUAAGUGUAAUAAAAUGUGUGUAUCCCAAGCUUUUGUUGAGCCAAGGUUUUUUUGUAUAAAUGUUCAUCUUGUAUAUUUUGAACAGCUAUUGAUCUAAUGUUUGGUACUUAAGAACAGAGACUGAAUGUUGUUAUUAAGUACAUUGGCAGAGUAAUACUAAAAGCACACAGCGAGUCAUCAUUGCAAUUUUUAAUUAAUGGCUUUUCCAUUCCUAGAUAGGUAGAUAUUUGUAAUGUAGCUACCACAAAAUAAGUACAUGUCUAUACCAAUUUGUUGAUUUAUUUAAGGAGUAACUCUGAAAUGAAACAUAUUCACUUUAGAUUUAUAACGGUGCAUAUUUAACUUUUGUCUGUGCAGCACUCUGUCAAAUAUAUGUUCAUUUUUCCCAUGAUGAUAUAUCUAGUUUAUGUCAUAUUUAUUACAUUAUUGUUAAACACUUUGUACUAUUAUUUUGUGCAAGAAAAUAUUUUUUA